GGCUUUAGCCCAGUGUGUGUUAUGACAGCCAGAGACAGUGUGUGUGUGCAUGUGUGUGUGUGUGUGCGUGUGUGCAUCGAGGAGAGACAGUGAGUGAGAGACCCUGACGAAGGCAGAGGAGAGAGAGAGAGAGAGAGAGAGAACAGAGAAAGAAGCUUCCUCUUUGGAUCCCAGUCAGUUUGCUGUCCUUCUUUGUGUUUUCUGAUUUUUGUGACACCAGCAGCAGUCCCAUCCUGCCUUUAUGAGCAGCAGCAGCAGCAGCAGUGGUGUGUUUGUUUAGUCCUGAGCUUUUACUGGACCCCCCGCUGCACACACCCACCCACACCUCCGUCAGGACCUUCAUGUGUCGCAGGGAGCUGUGGACAGCUCAGUGGACAUGGACCGCCUGAACAGGAACAUGCCUGAGGUUGGACGGCAAACUCACCAGGUGUUACAGAGCACCCCGCUGGACCUGAUCGAGACUGGAAAGGGGCUGAAGUUCCAAGCAGAGCGCCCCCACCUGGUCAGCCUGGGCAGCGGGCGGCUGAGCACCGCCAUCACCCUGCUGCCGCUGCCUGAGGGCCGCACCACUCUGGGUCAUGGUCCCAUGGACAUCAGCAUCCAGGGCCCCGGGGUGGCAGCCCAGCACUGUUACAUAGAGAACAGGUCAGGGGUCAUCACGCUGCACCCCUGUGGGAACCUCUGUGCUGUCGACGGGCUCCAGGUCAAACAACCCACCCGCCUGUCACAAGGCUGUAUGCUGUGUUUUGGCCAAUCGGCCUUCUUUCGCUUCAACCACCCUGAGGAAGCCUUCAGGAUGAAGAGCAUGAUGCCCCAGGGAGGAGGUGUCUCCAGUGGGGACUACAGACUGUGCACAGACACGGAGAGUUUGGUCAAUGGGAAUCACCAGGUCAAUCCAGCCCAGUCUCCCCCAGCUCCUGGAGAGAGAGUCCAGUCUGAGCACAGUGCCAUCGUCAGCUCCAUUGAGAAAGACCUCCAGGAGAUCAUGGACUCCCUAGUCAUGGAUGACCCACAGCCUUCUUCUUCGGAGGCAAAAAAGCCUCCUGGAGGUCAAUCCAUCACCCACUCUCCGCUGUCACCCAUGGUCAAUGGAGGGGGACGGUAUCUGCUGUCCCCUCCUACCAGCCCAGGGGCCAUGUCUGUGGGGUCCAGCUACGAGAACACAUCCCCCCCUUUCUCCCCACUUUCCUCCCCCUCCGCGGCGAGCAGUGGGAGCUUUACCAGCCCGUCUCCAAGUGGAGGACCCCAGGACCAGAGUUCUUCUCUGCCACCAGUGCCUGUACGCUCCUCUAGCUACAACUUCACCACCCAGCCUCCACCUGUACCCCAGCCACGGACCAUACUGCCUAACUUUAGCAGCAGUGGGGUUGGCCAGAAGGUUCAGGAAAGCCCUAGGCUGCAGAGGAAGGUCUUAACAAACACUCCUCCAAGUCCCAAGCCAAGCCGCAGAGGACUAGGCCACGAUGGGUCUGAGAGCCCUCGACAGACCCCCCUUCUGUCCUCCACUGAGUCUCUCAGUAGUAGAAACAUUGUGCCAAGUAGCCCCAGACUCACUCCCAAAUUCCCUACCUGUCCAUCGCCUUUGCCCUCCAGUCCCAGGACCAAGACUACCACGGUGCUCCAGGAAAGGCCUGCCAGCCCCUUUAGAGAGCAGACCAGUGUAGCUGAUCGCUCUCUUACCUCCAGCCCAUCUCGGCAGCUUUCCCAACCCACCAGAGCCUUCCAGCCUCCGUUGGACCCCAUUGUCCACAUCAUCCAAGGAUCGCCCCUCCAGCAGCAUCCACGUUCCCUGCAGCCCCCUGAAAGCCCUCGCAUGGCUAGGAGAAACAUGGAACCGAAUGGGAGCAGUGGUGGUUGCAGUAGUAUGCGAGAGCUGCCUCCUCUAAGUCCCUCCAUGGCAAGGAGAGGGGUCCCGGUUCUUCCAGGGGCGCUACCAGGGACAAUCCCCACAUUGAGGACUCCAGAUAGCCCCUCUAGUCUGGGCAAGCUUGUCCCUGAGAGUCCCAGGCUUCGUCGCAAGGCUGGAUCCACAUCGGAGGAGCCGAUGUGCAGCAGAGGAAUCCGAGCCCGCAGUCCAUCACCUACCUCUAUGUUGAUGGAGGGCAGUGGUGGGACUGCUGGGGUACGGAAGGCGAGCUUUGGGAAUUCCUUAUCGCCUGCUUACAGUCUGGGAUCCUUGCCUGGCUCAUCCCCUGUAGCCAGCCCCAGGACCCACAGGAAGAUGUCUUCAGGGAGACCCCACCCUGGAAUGAGGGAGAGGAAGAACAGCAUCACAGAGAUCAGCGACAAUGAGGAUGAGCUGCUCGAGUACCACCGACGACAGAGAGAGGAGAGGCUUCGAGAGCAGGAGAUGGAGAGACUGGAAAGACAGCGACUAGAGACCAUCCUAAACCUCUGUGCUGAAUACAACAAAGGAGAGAGCCCCGGCCUGGACCCUCUGGGUUCAGGAAGGACAGGUUUCCCCGGUCUGUCCGAUGGCUCUGCGCGGAGACCGUCUAUGGAGAAUGUCUUGGGAGGGAUGCCGACCUCAGCCUCACUCCGCCUGGCACAGAGGCAGAGGGAGAGUGAUGAGGAGAACCUGAAGGAGGAGUGUAGUAGUACAGAGAGCACUCAUCAGGAGGUGAGGGCAUCUCCUGCUCCCAGCACAGCAUCAGCACUGCACAAUGGAGACCGACAGCAUGAGGAUUCCUCCAGUCCAGGCAGCGCAGGUCGUUUGGAGCUGGGUUACCUGGAGGAUGAGCGAGUUCGUGUUCUGGCUCGGAUUGAUGAGCUCAAAACCCGACUUACAGAACUGGAGCAACAACUUCAAGAGUCCAAACAAGAGGCGGAGAUGGAGCGUGCCUUGCUGCAGGGCGAGAGGCAGGCAGAGCUCGACCAGAUAGAGGCAGAAACAGACAUCAUCACUCAGCUGCAACACAAGCUGGACGAGCUGGAGAGCGCCAUCCAAAGGGAGAAAGACAAGGAGAGGGCUAAUGUUGAGGCCGAGCGCCGGGCCCUGCAGAGCCUCCAGGAGGGCUACGCUGAGCUCAAGAACCAGCUUCAUAACUGUCCCGAGUCCCUUCGCGAACAGUUGCAGGAACAACUCAAAAGGGAUGGAGAAGCGCUGGAAGCGGGAACUAAAAAAUUUGAGGACCUGGAGUUUCAGCAGCUGGAGAGAGAAAGCAGCUUGGAGGAGGAAAGAGAAACCAUCAGCCAGCAGCUGCUGCAGGAGCGAGCAGAGUACCACAGCAGUGUGGCCAAGAGGAAGGAGAAGGUGUCUGCUCUGGAGAACCAGGCCAGUCAGCUCGGCCUGCAGGCGUCUCAGGAGUGUGAGCGGCUGGCCAAAGACAGAACUCUCACUCUGCAAAUGCUCCAAAAGGAGAAGGAGAGGCUGUCGGCCCUGGAGAAGAGGUACCACAGCCUGACUGGAGGAAAGAGCUUCCCCAAGUCUUCCACUGCAAUGAGGGAGGAAUCGCUCCAUAUCAGCGAGGCUGACCUGUUGUUGGAGGAUGUCCACUCCUCCCAGCUCUCCCUCUGUCGAGCCUCUCCUUCCUACUUACACCCCCCCCCUCCCUGUCAGUUGUACCCCAGCAGCCCUACAGAGGAGUACCUGAAGCUGUCGGAUGUCUAUAAGAUGUACGGCAGCAGCGGCCACCAUGACAGAGGCAAGCCGGGCUCGCACGGCCGCUCGUUUGCCAUAGAUGCUGCAUUAGCUGGCGCCUGCGAGGAGUAUGUGACAGUGGGCCAGUUAAAUCAGAUGUAUGGGAUGCCAAAGGUGGAGUCGUCCCCUACCUCCCCGCUUCGCCAGCCCCUGCAGCCUGGAGCAGUAGACCCCGCCUUCUCCUGCCUCCCCUCUCCUCAUGGCUCCUCCCUCUCUCUCUCUGUGGAGUCUGAGGGCAGCAGGCCUCUCCUGCCCAAGCUAGAUUUAGAGCAGUGGUACCAGGAGCUGAUGGCUGGCUCCAGCCAGCUCUGUCCUCCCGCUCUGCCAGCCAAGUCGCUGUCAGGCCGCAGGCCUGUGCUGCAGGUGUUCCGCUCUAAACUGGACAGUGAUCCAGGUGUGUCUCUCUAUCAACCUAAAUCAGGCUCUGCAUCCCCUCUUCAGCACGGAGCAGCAACUCUGGGACGCAACACGACCUCCAAGAGCCCCCUGCUGGCAGUUGGCAGCACUGGAAGUCUGCCCAGGAACCUGGCUGCAACCCUGCAGGACAUCGAGACCAAGAGGCAGAUCGCUCUGCAGCAGAAAGAGCCCCUGACCUCCAGACAGAACACCACAGAGGGAAGCUCAGCAGGUCAGCAGGUGAUCGAAGAGCAGCGUCGUCGUCUGGCCGAGCUCAAACAGAGAGCAGCGGCUGAGGCUCAGUGCCAGUGGGAGGCUCUCCACGGCUCUCAGCCCCACCUCAUGUCUUCAUCCUCCUCAUCGCCCUCCUACUCUCCCGUCAUGGCCUACAGCCCCGCGCUGAGCCACAGCUCUGUCGGCCCUCCUCCUCUGGUUCACCACUCCAUCCUGCACCACCAGCCGCCGUCAGCCGGAGAGCAGCCCUACGAUACGCUGAGCCUGGAGAGCUCAGACAGCAUGGACACCAGCGUGUCCACGGGGAAUAACUCGGCCUGCUCGCCUGAUAACAUGUCCAGUGUUGGAGGAGUGGACGCUCUGAAGAUUGAGGAGAUGGAGAAAAUGCUGAAGGAGGCGCAGCUGGAGAAAGCCAGACUUAUUGAAUCGCGGGAACGAGAGAGCCUGGCUCGCCGUCAGAUGCUGGAGGAGGAGAGGAGGAGGAGGGAGGAGGCAGAGAAAAGACUGCAGGAUGAAACUUUCCACCGGCAGCAGCUAGUGGAGAAGGAGGUCAAAAUGAGGGCCAAGAACUUCUCUCAGGCCCGUCCAAUGACUCGCUACCUGCCCAUCAGGAAGGAGGAGUUCGACCUGCGCACACAUGUAGAGUCAUCAGGCCACAGUGUGGAGACGUGCUACCACGUCAUCCUCACUGAGAAGAUGUGCAAGGGCUACCUGGUGAAGAUGGGAGGCAAGAUCAAGUCCUGGAAGAAACGCUGGUUCGUCUUCGACCGCCUCAAAAGGACCUUCUCCUACUAUGUUGACAAACAUGAGACCAAGCUGAAGGGUGUGAUCUACUUCCAGGCUAUAGAAGAGGUUUAUUACGAUCACCUGCGCAGUGCCACAAAGAAGGGAUUUUUCAACCUGAAUAUGACCAGUAGCCCCAACCCCUCCCUGACCUUCUGCGUGAAGACCCACGACCGGCUCUACUACAUGGUGGCGCCCUCAGCGGAGGCCAUGAGGAUCUGGAUGGAUGUGAUCGUCACAGGAGCAGAGGGAUACACACAGUUCAUGAACUAAGAGACGCAUUAGAGUGCAGGUGAUGAGCAGGUAGCUUCGGCAGGGACUCUCCCAUCACAGACUCCACAGGUCCUUCCUGUUUCCAGUCCUCCGCGGACACCACGCCUUCUUUGUUACUUCUCAUUUUUAAUCACACUUUGAUUUACCGUGUAGACGUUUCCACCUCCACAUUUUUUAUGUGAUGCUGUUGGGAUUGAAAAAGGGAGCCCUUGGCGGACACACAACACACACACACUUCUGUACAUAAACCAAAAUAUAUACCUGUCAAAGACUUUACAAAGCCUUUCUAUAUUGCCAAAUGGAGAUCUUGUAGUUACUGUUGGUUGAAUCUUUUGUAUUAUUUGUUUCCUUUAUUUCUUUUUUACUUCUAGAGAAAAUUGCCAAAUGACAUAAUGCCAAUGUUUUUGUUGAGUGUUUCAUCAUGAUUUUGCUAAGUUUAAACAGAAAUUGCUUAAAAGAAUCUUCAGUCAAAGGCUGUAAUCAUUUUAGAGAUAUAUUUGGAGAAAAUACAAGUUUAUCCAAAAUGUGUAAAUCUAUGAGAAAUAAUAGAAAUGAGUCAUUGAGCAGGGGCUGGAGAGGAUGUGAUGGUGCAGAACUUUAGUCUCUAGCAGUGAAACACUACUGCAUCCUCCAGUCACUUCACCUCACUGCUGCUCACAGACUAAACCUAGCAGGAUCUACAGCACAUGGAGGCAUUCUGAGUACAUCCUGGUCACAUUUCUUCAUACAGGCUUACCAAAGUAACUGGAGGUAUUUUGUUAGACUUUGUCCCACAACGCUCAGGAGUUCACUUUGCAGUUCUCACAGUGGUUUCACCAGUAUAUGGUUUGAAAAGUAAGUACCAGUAUUGGUACUGAAGCUGCUCAUUAACAGUGUUUUGUGCAGUAUUUGGUAUAUUUGAAUUACUUUAAAUCAGCGCUCCAUUAAACCCAUAGCAUUCAGAUACUUCAGAAAUGUGCUUGUAUGCAUCCAGCUUCACAGCUGAAUACAGUUCUAAGAGUUGAUGAGAGUGAAACCAUUCACACACAUGAAGCUAAAGCCAGAGACUAUUAGCUUAGCUUAACAUAAGACUGCAAGCAGUGGUCAAAUGGCUAGCAUGGCUGUGUUUGUAAAAACAGCAAGUUGUAGUUUAACAAACAGUUCUGUGCUUUAGCUACAGCUUCUGUUAAUCCUAAGAACUUCAGUAGAAGGUACCUUCUUCUUUUUGGUUUCUUGAAGCUAUCAGACUGGAUGGGAAUCCUGAGAAUUAAUCCUCUCUCCCAGCUCACAUGACUAAAGACCGAUGAACAACCUAAAGCUCACAAGCGUCAAGCUGUGAUUGGUUGUGAAACAUCCUGGUGAGGGAUCUCAUGACUGCAUUCUAAAUACCCAAUAAGUGGUGUAGUAGAUCCCUCCCCUGUUUAGAGGUAGUUGUUCUAGUUUAAUACAGAUAGCUUCUUGGACUCAAACUAUCUGUUGUAGAAUGUGGACAUGACUGUUUUCAAAGAGCAUCCCUAGCCUUUAGACAGGUGGGCUGCUGAGUUUUGUCCUGUUUUUUCAUGUACUUUGUGAAGUGGUUGUUUAGUCUCUACUAGAUAUCUGUAUAUAGGCCUGUGCACUCCUUGCAUUGGACUGUAUAUACAACACUGUUCAAUGUGUUUGCAGAAAAUAUUUCCAAAUUUGUCCAACACACCAGCUACGUUCACGAUGGUUUGGGGGUGAGAAUAAAUACCUGGAACUCCUCCAGUCAGAGAGAACUGAGGAAACCUCGUGGUUGAAAGGUGAAACAUUCACAAACCAAAAAGAAGUCCAGUUAUCUUCUUUAAGGCACUUAGGAUCGCCAUGACCUGGAUUACUGAGAAUCUGCACAGUCCAGUCAGUCAAUUUGCCCAGUACUCCCAGAUUUUAUGCAAAGCUAGCGUUCUCUGGGCUCUUGGUUAGUUUUUAGGUUCUAGCUGGUUGGUACAAAGCUGCAACUGGUUAGCUUAGUUUGUCCAACUGGAAAGUUUGUCCGUCUGCUAAUUUAAACCAGGAUCAACAUGCAUUUCCAUCAUCUCCACAUCUGAACAGUUUACUAUGGGAUUAAAUCUGGUCCAUCAGUUGAAGGACAUUGAGGUGACCACCAAGACUGUUGGUCUCACCAAAGCUGCCACAUUCUCAGUGUACUUGUGAAGGUGUUGAACAGGAAUACAUCACUGUGUCCGUAUGAAGCCGUCAUGUUGCCAACUCAAGGUGCAAACUGCAUAUCUGUGUGUGCACAGAAACAGGUGAAGCUCAUCUAUUUGCCAAGUAGCCUGUAGCUAACUUGAUGAUGUGACUACACACCACUGCCAGCCUACAGCAACAACCACCGGAGGGCGCUACAAUGACCACACCAAUGCAGGACCCCACAGGAUCAACACUAUGGACUAAUGCAAUUCAGAACUGUGCCUUGACUGUGUGUUGUUGAUGCCGUGUCCUCAGCCUUGCUGGGAGGCUGCAAUUGUAUGAAUGAAUUUUAAUCUGUUUCUGAGCUGUAUUGCUGUAUGUGGACAGGUUUGCAUGAGGUUUUCUACGUCACCAUGGGGACGUCUGCCUGCAGCUACAUUACAGGCAGCGAUACCACAGGCCCUGAGCACAGUGGGGAUCAGUGAGAUCACUGUCAGUAUUUCAACAGAGAAGAUAUUCAGGCAGUUCCUGUUAUUAAUGGUACUAAAGGGGAGGUUCACCAAGUUUCAUGUCAGUUUGCCAGUAAUGAGGUGUAUUAGUUUGUAAGAACAGACAAGUCUAAGAAGAUGACCCUAAUGAUGUCAUAGCGAUGCCAUCAGGGUUGUCGUGGCUCCAUCUUUGACAGGGAAUUGGGGAUUAAUGGGGCAGUGAAAAAAAAUGUGGGUACACUGUUGAAUUGCAUUAUGGGGAAUGCAAUAUUUAGUGCCCUGACCCAUAGAAAAGACAAAGUCAGACAUCUACGCUUGCUUGUUUUUGACCCUUUAAAAAAAAAAAAAAAAAAAAAAAAAACAGUUCUCAACUAGUCACUUAAAACAAUAUAAAUUAAACAUUGAGUUGUCCCUGAGUUGUGGAUUCAGUAUUAAAGCUGAUAUAGGCAGGAAUUUGGCAAAGACAAAAAAAAAAAUUUGAAAAUUCCCUCUCCAGAUGUGCACACUUUAAAUACACAAAGGGAGUCAACAUUCAGUUGUGGCUUCGCUGUUCUCCUGAGUGGUAAUGUUUUCACUAGCAUUUCUCCCCCACAUCCUGUGUAAGCAGCGGCCUAUUGGUACUGUCAAACCUGGUCAGUGAAAAGCCUUGUGCUUCGUUUAAAUCUCCUGUUACUGGCUUUUCUUAACCCUUUGAUGCAUAACCUGGGUCAAAAGUGACCCAAAUCCAAUGGAAAAUGGGUAUCUCCUCAUGUGGUCUAUGCAUCAAAGGGUUAAAGGUUAGUGUGGAAUCUUUGCACAAUGAUGCCCCAAAAAGUAGCUUAACCCAGCUUUAAUUCAGAUGCUAUAUAUUAGUCAAAUAACGUGGGUGGAUGUUUAGGUAAAAUUGGAUUUUGUAUUUCUUUAUUUCAACAAACUGUUAAAGCUACCUUUUAUCUGCAGUCUCAUCAGUGAUCCCCUGCUUUGUAUCCCCACUGUGACCCAGAGCCUGCAUGCAUGAGGACGAUUUUAAAAAAUCUUCAGCUUUAACAGACCGUCUUUGUCGUAAAGUGUUGAUCAUCACAUUAUGAAUCUAUUGAUCAGCCGUGAACAGUUUGUAGUCGGCAGAUCCCAGACACAAUUUUUCCCCCCUCUUUUUAUUUUUUUUUUUGCAGGAGUAGACGACAAACUACGCUGUGAUUUCUGGAGCAUGUGGAACUGCUGUUUAGUUUCAUGUGUCGGUACAGUGAUGAUAAUUUAUGGUUGUGGUGCCUGAGAUAGUGACAUGUUUACUGCUAAAGAGAAAAAAAAAGCGAAGUAGAAGACUAGUGAAAAGACCUUAAUAUAUUCUGUCCCCCUUGCCUUUACUUUCCCUGCACAGCUGUGCAAACCAAACUAUUCAACACUGGCAAGGCUGUUAAAUGAUGUCUGUUGAUAGUCGGUGGUAUAUACAUUGUUAUCUAUGUUGAGAAGAAAGAAAACAUAAUAUACUGUAAAGAGGAUGCCUGAAUGAAAAAAUGAUCUUACUAUUGAAAUGAAACGAGACAGUAUUGUAUGAACAGAAGUACAAUUUUUACUUAUUUUUGUCAUUUUAGAAAUUUUAUUGUCAGUCAGUUACAUUUCAAAUUGUAUGGUAGUGAUGUAUCAAUCUACCUUGGUUGUUUUUUGUUUUGUUUUUUACUGGUACAGCAGAACACAUCUGCACACACACACACACACACCCACACACCAAGAAUAAGUCACCUAGCACUCAUGAGACUGUACUUUUGUUUUUCUAGAGAGUAGAUCCUGUGACACACACACACACCUCCACACACACCCACACACACACACUCAGUACUCGGACCAUACUGUUAUUGGUACCCUGUAUGUCUCAUGCGUCACUUUCAUGUAUGAAUAUGGAUUUUGUCAAAUCUAUUAAAAACAUCUAUCACAGA